AUGGCGACGUGCAGUGUGAUUCUUCCUCGUUUUCGUGGGAUUGUGGUUUGGAGGGAAUUCCCGUGUUGUGUGAGGGUGCUGUGCCUUGACCCCCGUGCCCUCUGCAUGCCCUUACCGGCUCCCGGUCACUGCAGAUCCGUACACUUAUCGCCGGGACUCUCCGGGAAGAGCUAUCUGCAUAAGUUCUCUUCUAAAAACAAAAAAAAACAUUGGCAUGACAGCACCUGGCAGUUUCCUGUGGAAAACAAGCCGCCUGGUCUACUGGCCUUGAUAAAACAGCAGAGGGCAGAAAAGGCUGAAAAUAAUCCCCGUAUUAAGGCUCUGAAUGGGAUCUUGUAUGAUGCAAUAACCAGCCUGCUGAGGACAUCAGAAGUCAGUGAGGAGGUUUAUGACUUUUGUAUUGAACUAUCAAAGGUAUCUGUAUCUGGAGACUUUUCAGUGUGUCGAGCUUACUGGUUAAGCAGCGGCAACAAAGACACUGAUGAUGAAAUUGACAAAGUACUUCAGACGUCUGCUCCACGGUUUAGGCACCUCAUGAUAAGCCAUCAUGUUCUUGGAAAUGUUCCACCAGUUGUGUUUGUGAGAGACAAAGAAGAUGCCAAGAGGCGACAGGUUGAGGAUCUCUUCGCAGUUUUACAAUCUGAAGAGGAUAAAGUCUCAUCAGUCGAAACUGAUGUAUCCAGGAAUCUGGAUACAGAAUCUCUUAAAGAAGCUACUGUGAUUCAGCUACCGAGUAUCUUUGGUAUUGACCAUGCAGAGCUCAACCAACAAAUUUUGGCUUACAAGAAAAAAAUGAAAGCCAUAGAUGUUGUAACUGACAGCAAUGAACAUUCUCAGCGACAGAAAGAACAACUUGCAGCAAUUAAGAAACAGAGUUUACUAAGGAAAAAAAUGAAAACGCAGAAAUGGUCUGCGAAUGACAUCAGCCCACAGGAUUAUUUGUUGGUCAGUGCCAUGGACUCUGAUAGACAAGAGGAGUUGGACUUUGAACUACAUGAGGACCUGGUGGAGUGGGAUGAAGAGGAGGAAACAAAUGGUGGCAGCACUUAA